CACAAAUUUACACUUAUCGAUAUAAUAAAUAAUUUUCUACAAGUUAUCACAAAUUCAGUCAGUAAUUAAUCACUGGAGGUUAUUGUUAGUUUACUUCAGAUCAAAUUUUUCAUGUUUUCGACAUAAUUCAGGAAAAAUUUAGAUUAUAUGUCAGAAAUGGCAUUAAUAAACUUUCAACAACCAUACAGAAGUUUUGUUCAAGAAGACAACGGCUCAAAAUCAAAAGACCAGUAUGUAGAAGAAGCUACUACAAUUGAAGAUUAUAGAAAGGUCGCAAACAGACUGAAAACUUACUCCAAUUGGCCCAAUGAAGAACUAUCAAAAGAAUGUUUAGCUAAAGCCGGUUUUAUAUAUACAGGAUACGAUGACAUUGUCGUAUGUCCUUUUUGUAAGAUAGAAGGUUACCGUUGGACAACUGGAGAUGAUCCAAUGACCGACCAUCGUAACUGGAAUCCUCAUUGUUUAUUUUUCAGGAAUAAUAUCGAACGUGAUCAAGCUACAAAUAUAACCAAAUCCGUGGAUACUUGCGGUUUAUACGGAGUUGAAGUUUUACCCAAAACUAGUGAAGAAGACGACAAAACUAUCAACUUACAAAGGUUAGGCAUACAAACGGGAAAACCUCCAAAAUAUCCAGAUUACAUCACUUACGAAAGUAGGUUAGCAACAUUCGAAGACUGGCCGAAGUCAUUAAAACAGCGACCGGCAGAUUUGGCAGAAGCAGGUUUUUACUACUCCGGUCUAGGAGAUCAGACGGUAUGUUACCAUUGCGGUGGUGGUUUGAAAGAUUGGGAAGAAGACGACGAUCCUUGGGAACAGCACGCUCUUUGGUUCAGCACAUGUGUUUUGGUUAAUCUGAAGAAAGGAAAAGAUUACAUCGAACACGUCAAGAGAAAAUAUGAAGAUAUGUUAUCCAUUCCUGAAUCUAACGAUAUUGAAACACGGGAAGAUUCGAGUGAUACGGAAUCUUUAAGUGAUAAAUUAGAAGAAAAUACGUUGGACGCAGAACGAGAAAACGAAAAAACUAUUUGCAAAAUUUGCUAUAAAAAUGAAUUAGGAGUGGUUUUUUUGCCUUGUGGACAUAUCGUGGCUUGUGCAGAUUGUGCUGCUAUUUUAAAAAAAUGCGCUGUUUGCAGAAAAACAGUAGAAGCAACAGUCAGGGCAUAUUUAUCAAAAGCAAGACAGGAUAUUCUGAAGCUAUCGAGUUUCACUCGGUAUUUACCGUCAAGACGAAGAGCGGAAAGGCGCAAUCAAUCAAAAGGUCUUGAUGCAAUGGCGCUGUUAGACAUCCAGCAACAUUUUCAAUACAGAAGUUUCGGAGAUCAAACAGAUAACGGCUCAAAAUCAUCAGAUACGUUACUUCAAACAAGUGCACCAAGAACUGAGUAUUUAUCAUUAGAAAGCAGACUAGAAACUUUCACCAAUUGGCCAAACGUUGAAGUAUCAAAAGAAUUACUUGCAAAAGCUGGUUUUAUCUAUACUGGUCAAGAUGACAUCGUUAUCUGUCCUUUAUGUAAGAUAGAAGGAUACCGUUGGGUAUCUGGAGAUGAUCCAAUGGCUGAUCAUCGUCACUGGAAUCCUCAAUGUCCAUUUAUGAGAGGUAAUAUAGAACACGAUCACGCCGAGAGUAAUACAAGAACCGUCGAUACUUGCGGUUUAUUUGGCGUUGAAGUUUUACCCAAUUCUCUCCCAGAAGACGACAAAACAAUUAAUUUUCAAAGGUUGGGCAUCCAAGCGGGAAAAGGCCCACAAAAUCAAGAUAAAAUCACUUACGAUAGUAGGUUAGCAACAUUCCAAGAGUGGCCCAGAUCCAUAAAACAGCGACCCGCCAAUUUGGCAGAAGCCGGAUUUUACUACACAGGCGCCGGAGAUCAAACUUUGUGUUUCUAUUGCGGCGGAGGCUUGAAAGACUGGGAAGAAAACGACGAUCCUUGGGAGCAACACGCUCUUUGGUUCAGCAAGUGCGUUUACGUCAAUCUAAAGAAAGGCAAAGAUUACAUUGAUGAAGUGAAGAGAAAGUACGAACCAAAAUUAUCCAUCCCGGGACCCAGUGGCCUUCAAACCAAAGAGGAACCCACUAAUACCGAAUCCCCGGAAAGUAAAUGUGACGAAAAUAAAGUGAAGAAAUCAGAACGAGAAAACGAGGCAAUCGAAAAAACACUUUGCAAAAUUUGUUACAAAAAUGAAUUAGGUGUCGUAUUUUUGCCUUGUGGACAUAUUGUUGCUUGUGUAGAUUGUGCUGCUGCUUUGAAAAACUGUGCGGUCUGCAGGAAACCUCUAGAAGCGACAGUGAGAGCGUUCCUAUCAUAA